AUGGCCUUCUCGCAAUUUCAACCGAUUGGCGCACUCACCGGCGUUAGCUUCGGUAUCUCAUCCUCAAAAGUUCUCCGUUUGGCUGAUGAGAACGGACCCGAGCCUCCGAAAGACUCCACCGUGCUGUUACCUACGAUGACAACGAUAGUCAAGAUCAUGUUCGACAUCCUCAUCAUCGGCGCCGGUCCUAGCGGCCUUUGCGCUGCCAAAACGUUUCUUCAACACAAUCCAACCAGCAACAUCGUCAUCCUCGACAGCCACUCGACCAUAGGAGGAGUCUGGUCCAAGGAGAGACUCUAUCCCACCCUCCGAACCAACAAUCUGUACCCUACUAUGGACUUUAGUGAUUUUCCCAUGAAGGGCGUUGGCAUCGGCCGUCCAGGACACCACAUCACCGGCGAGGAAAUGCAUGCCUACCUGACCGCAUGCGCCCACCACUUUGAUCUGAUGAAACGAAUCCGCUUCAACACUCGAGCUGUCCGAGUUCAUCAAGUUCAAGAAGCAGCCCCUACAAGUGACGACGGCUGGAAGGUAGACGUACAUGAACUGGGCAACCCAACCACCACAACAACACUAAAAGCCAAAAAACUGGUCAUGGCCACCGGCAUCCUCGGCGUCCCCAACAUGCCCUCCCUCAAAGGCAGCGAAACCUUCGACGCACCCCUUUUGCACUCCUCCGCCCUCGGCCCUCGCUACCAAGACGUCCUGCAAAACCCCCACAUCAACCGCGUCGCCGUCCUCGGCGGCUCCAAAUCCGCCUACGACACCGUCUACCUCGCCGCCACGACCGGCCACAAAGUCGACUGGAUCAUCCGCAAAUCCGGCCGUGGUCCCUCAUGGGUCUUUCCCUCCCACACCAAGAUCGGCCCCUUCAAAGCCUGGCGCGAGAAGCUCGUCACUCGACGGAUUUUCACUUUCAUGUCUCCUUGUGUCCUUCCCGACCACUCCGGCAAACACAUCAGUUGGAUCCGCGACUUUUUGCAUACCAACAAGGUCGGAAAAGCCAUAACGAAACGCUUCUGGAAGAUCCUGCACGCCGAUACCAUCCGAGAUUGUCGUUACCGCGAAGAAAAAGAAGACAAGAACUUUAGUGUGCUAGAACCAGACCACAGCCCUUUUUGGUACGGGACCAGCUCGGGGACGCUCAACUACGAGCAGGACUUCAAGGCCUUAGUCACCAGUGGACAAGUGACUGUCCACCGUCAAGACAUUUCUCAUCUCAGUCCACACACCAUCCACUUCUUCGCCGAUAAUAAUGAAACAACAAGCCUGACCGCCAUCGACGCCCUCAUCUGCGCAACCGGAUACUCACCCCAACCACCCAUCGACUUCUUUCCCCCUGAGUUACACUUCCAACUCGGCAUCCCAACCACGACUGACUCUCUCUCCGACGAGGAAAAAGCCAUCUGGGCAACCUACGACCAAGAAGCAGAUGAAGUCAUAACCAAGCGAUUUCCCCAACUCAUUCCACCACCACCAUCCAUACCCACACUCACACCCACCUCUGUUCUCUGUUCCCCCAAGACCCAAGAGUCCAAGCAAUACACCCCCUGGCGUCUCCACCGCGGCAUCGCCCCUCCAACCCUCACAACAUCCCACACCCGCAACUCCCUCGUCUUCCUCUCCAUGCACAGCAACAUCACCAACAUCCCCCGCAUCGAACUCCAAUGCUUAUGGUCCCUUGCAUACUUCAAUGACAAACUCAAAGUCUCGCCUCUUCAACAAGUUCUAUACAAGGACACCGCCCUGUUUCAGCGAUGGUGUCAGCUUCGAUCGCCCUUGGGACACGGGAGGCAGUACCCGGACUUGAACUUUGAUCAGUUGCCUUAUUGGGAUUGGUUGGUGGCUGAUUUGGGAUUAAAAGUCAGGAGGAAGAAGAGUGUCUGGCGGGAAUUAGUCAGUCCGUAUGGAAGUGAGGAUUAUAGGGGGUUGGUGGGGGAGUGGAUUGAGAAGUAUGGAAUCGAUAAGGGGGAGGGGAGUGAUCAGAACAGGAGAGAGGGCGAGAAAAGACUGUGAGAGUGGUGGUUG